CAUUUUGUGCUGCUUUAGUCUUGACUUUCUUCUCUUUGGUUCUUGGGGUAUACAAUAGAAGAGAUUGUUUUAAGAUUUGUGGCUUCCGAUCUGUUAAAAUGAGCGGCAAGGAACCACUCAAGCUAGAGGAUGAGCAAAUCGCCGAACUACGAGAAAUCUUCAGAUCUUUUGAUCGUAACAACGACGGCAGCCUGACGCAGCUGGAACUCGAUUCUCUUUUGCGGUCUUUAGGCCUAAAACCCAUCUCCGACCAAGUCGAAGCCUUGAUACAAAAGGCCGACACGAACAACAACGGGUUGGUUGAGUUCUCGGAGUUUGUAUCCCUGGUGGCGCCGGAGCUGCUUUCGGAGAAGUCGCCCUACAGUGAGAAUCAGCUGAGGCAGUUGUUCAAGAUGUUCGAUAGGGAUGGGAACGGAUAUAUCACGGCAGCUGAGUUGGCGCAUUCGAUGGCGAAGAUUGGGCACGCGCUGACGGCGGAGGAGUUGACGGGGAUGAUUAAGGAGGCGGAUACCGAUGGGGAUGGGAUGAUUAGUUUUGAGGAGUUCUCACAGGCCGUUUCUAACGCCGCGUUUGAUAAUUCGUGGGGUUGAUUGAAUUUAGUUUGAGGUGUUGUCUCUUUUCUGGGUAUUUGUUUCCUUGUUACUUUUUCUUGAAAGGUUGUUACUUGCGUAGUUAACAAGAUCCAUUUUUCAAUAUUUUUUUGUUAAUCACAUUUGUUAUGUCGGAUGAUAAGUUUAUAAGUUCCGGUGUUCAGGUCGGUUUUUCGGAAUA